AUGCGUUGGCCGAGGGGGACGAGAGCAGCCCGCGAGGACGACGACGACGACGAGGAGGAGGGCAGCCGAGAGUCUGAAGCCAUCAUGAGAGAGCAGAGAAGCAGGAGAAGAAGAAGAAGAAGAAGAAGAAAAGGCGAACGGAUCUGUCAGAAUAUGGACGGGCCUGAGACAGCGGUUGAUCGUGUGCGGCCGAAGGGAAGGGAAGGCAGAGGGCCCAAAAACGCGCAUCGAUGGCCAGCGAUGCACAGCUAUGGCCGGCCAAGAUCGCUGUACCUCCACAUGCAUGCGGUGGGACCGGUUGCCCGCCAGUUUUCGGCCAUUCCGCGCUGCCAGAGGAAAGCGCCUGAGGAAGAGACGGGCAGCAAUCAGCACAGCGUCCCUUCUGCCUGUCUGCCUGGGCGGACUAGUAGACUGGCUGGUCGGUUUCUCUACCAUGAUCUACAAGACGGUUCCAUUUGUCCCACGAGAGAAACGGGCUGGCUGGUUAUCACAAUCUGUGCUACCCCUUAA